GUAAAUUCCAAUUUUGUCUUAAAAACACACAAGUUUCUGCGUAACUGUGCAAAGUGUUUUCUUCCAUUGAUAUCGAGAGGUCAAUAAAGUGAUAAACUUUUUGUGAUUUUUCUCAUUCAAAAUCUUUGCACAUUUUCAAUUUCCUCCAAUCUCAAAUUUCUGAGUCUUUCAUUGAUUAUUGUUUUUGCUUCGCUUUCUUAAAACAAGAUUUGACAUGGAUGCAAUUUCAUCUCUUGGAACCAAUCAUGUUCUUUGUGGGUUUUCUCCAUUUUCUCAGGAGAAUCCAUCAAAAUCGAAACUUUUUCCGGUUAUGAGUCUCGAUUUGAAGGAACAUCCCAUGGUUUCAACAGAUUUCACCAACCAAACCUUAACCGCUUUCUCUUCUUCCUCUGUGACUCCUUUUCAGGCAAAGACAUCAUCAAUUGGUAAGAGUAGAGGAAUGCGAUGGUGGGAAAAGUCAACGAAUCACAACAUGUUAGAGAUUCAAUCUGCAAAUCAUCUAGUUGACUCUUUGUUAAAUGCUGGAGAUAGAUUGGUUGUUCUUGAUUUCUACUCUCCUGCUUGUGGUGGCUGCAAAUCUCUCCACCCAAAGAUCUGUCAAUUGGCUGAAUCAAACCCAAAUGUGAUGUUUCUUAAAGUGAAUCAAGAAGAGCUAAGAACAAUGUGUCAUGGUCUUAACGUUCAUGUGCUUCCUUUCUUUAAGUUGUAUAGAGGAGCAGAGGGUAAAGUCUGUAGCUUCAGCUGCACUAUUGCAACCAUCAAUAAGUUCAAGAUAGCGUUGGAUAAGCACGGUAGCGAACGAUGCAGCCUCGGGCCAGCAAAGGGAUUAGACGAGAAAGAACUUGCGGCUUUGGCAUCGGUUGGGGAACUGAAAAUGAGUUCUUUAACAUUGCAUCAAGCUAGCAUCGUUGGUUAUAAAACAGAGGAGCAAUAUCAAACGAUGGUGCUAUAAAAGAGAUGAUUUUUCAUUAGGGUUCUUUGUGAUUUUGUAGAUAUUAGUAUCCAUUGUGAUUGGUUUGGCACCAAGGUUUUAUUCUUUUUAGUUUCAAUCAAAUAUUUAGCUGAAACUUGUUACUAGAGUUACAUUUUUUGAUAAUCGUGUGCCUUUCAAAUUUUCAAUAUUCGGAAUUUGGUUAUUUAAUCUGAAUAUUUGAUUAA